GAAGAAAGCAGAUGAAAUGGACAGAGUGUUUGGGCCAGUCAGGCUGUCACAUCUGAAGAGAAGUGUACCUGUCCAGUGUCCAGAAAACAGACGGAUGAGGUCUUCCAGUCAUCCUGGAGACACAUGUGGAAGCUGCUGCCGCUGCUCUCGCCUCAUGAGGAAGCUGAAGCCAUCGUCCUGGAGCCACAUGGCGGCAACAUGCCACCUUAACCAGCACUGAGCUGUCCAGGCGGUGACGAUGCGGCGCGACCGAGGAUGAGGACCACGCGCGGCCUGCUGCCUCCUGCGCUCUGUGUGAUGCUGCUGCUCGACUCUGUGCUCACUCUUCUUCCCGCUCCGGUCAACGUUCACGUCGACUCCGUCAACUUCCACCACGUCCUGCGUUGGGAUCCGGGGCCCGGCACCCCGAGGGGGACGCAGUACCAGGUGUACAAAGUCAGAAGAAGUCGUCUGUUCACAUCAAUGAGGCGGACAGACAGACACAGAUGGAAAUCAGACUUAACGACGACGUCAGUCCAGCUGAAGCUUAAAAGUCCCAGAAUGAUGGUCAUCCUGGCUGUCCAGGCGUCCUACAAUCAAACCCUGUCCAACGACUCCAGAAUCCAGUUCACUCCUUACGAACACACCAAAAUCGGUCCUCCAGAACUGUCGCUGGCCGGAUGCGGGACCUGCCUCCGAAUCAACGUGUCGCUGCCGCAGCCUGACAGGGGCUCAGGGGUCGAUGAUAUCCACAUGUUCUACCGUCCCACGUACAGAGUGUCUGUGAGGAAACACGAAGGGCAGGAGUUCACCUACAACACCGAGAACAAGAGUUUCACCAUAACCAACCUGGAGCGCGGGACUGAGUACUGCAUCAAGGUGCACACGAUGAUUCGUCUGAACGCCAACACCGAACCAUCGGACUGGAAGUGCGACUUCACAAGCGCAGCGCCCGUGAACACAGGUCCUGUGGUCAUUGCAGUUGCUGUUGUGCAGAUUUUUGUUAUCGGGUGUCUGGUGGCUUCCAUGUUUGUGCUCUGCUACACGGGACUCAUCUGUAAACUGAAGGCAACUCUACCCACAGCACUAAUGGCGGUGCUGAGCCACCGAGGCUGCAGCCUGUCCCUGGAGAGGACGACGCCUGACCACAUCUCCGUUAGCCCAGGGAGAGGGCCGAGGCACGGCAGCACCACGACGCUGCGACCUGCCAGCAGGGGCUCCAGCUCGGAGGAGGAGGAUGAGGAGGAGGAUGAAGAGGAGGGAGGGCUAAAACUCUACAUGGACAGAGCCACAGACCUUUCCUCAGGUCAAACUUCAAGUGGGGACGUGGACAGAACGCCAGCGGCCGCGUCACACGGGGCUGGGAGUUUGACAGUGAAGGCGGAGCUACCAGAGGCCGACGUCGCACAUCAGGGGUUUGACGAAGAGGCGGCCAAAGAUGAAGGAGCAGAGGUUUCUUUCAUCCCUGAGGAGGCUCACAGUGCCCAGGGAUGUGCCACAGGUGAGGAGGAAGAGGAGGAAGAGGAGGCGUGCGACAGCUCAGGCAACGUCAAUCUGCUCUCGGUCACCCUCGGAGCGCUGGCUGUAAGUGAGGAAGAGGAGCAGGACACCAGAGCCUUUCUGACAGACUUCUCAAAGCCGCCUGACCUGCAGCCUCUGCUGCCCACAGACUCGCCGAGUUCGAGCCACACGGACUCACAAACCGAGUCAGACGAUCAGACUGCUGCUGCACUGCUGCCGCCUGAGGACUCGACCAGGACGGGAUCUGAAGACUCUUUGUCUGUCUGCCUGAAAGCCUGCGAUGGUGAGACGCAGCCGGGAGACGAGGAGGAGGAGGAGGAGGAGGAGGAGGAGGAGGAGGAGAAAUUCUCCGGUUACAUGCGACACACAUGAUGUGCUGCUCUGAUGUCUGCUACUGUUUGGUAAAUUCAUUUCUUCCUGGCAGGUCGAUGUCUUUUCGUUUAAAGACAGAUGAGCGGGCAGAUGAUGAACUUCCACUGCACCUCCUGCACUUUGACCGUUUCCGAAGCAGCUAAAUGGAAUUCAGCCUUCAUGUUAUUUGUUGUCAAAGCUCACCUUAAGACUUGACACGACACAACACGACCACCAGGACCCCGACGAGUCCUGCUGGCGCCACGUUUCUGAGUACGUCUUCCCAGAAACGUUGGAUUGUCUUUCUUGGUUAGUGUGUGAUGUUGAUGCACACCUGUGGAAACAGGUGUCACUACUCACCGAUGGAGAAAAUUAUAUUGUAAAGUUGCGGUUUGUUUGUGCUGCUUUGGGACAAAACUGUAAAAUAUGAGGAUUUAUUUUUGUAUAAUAACUACAAAAUAUACAAAUUAGUUUUCGUAUUUAGUAAACACUGUCUAGGCAAUUACGACAUAUCAAAAUGUUAUCAAAAUACUAAGUCGCCAUUUUUUACAUAAGUUGUUUUUGUAUUGUGACAUGGUGCAAACGGGCUUCCGUACUUUACUGAACAGUGAGGUUGUCAGUAAUAACAGAAAAAUGAAUUGGAGCUGCUCCGCCUCGCGCUCCUUUACUGCCACUCGGUCACGUGAUUUCCUAUCAACAGACCUCCUGAGGUGCUGCCUUCACAGACUGCCCGACAAAUUCCUGUUUCUGCUGCCGAUGUGAAAGCCCCUAACAUUCCGCUACAUUCCGUUUUGGUAGCGUUUUAUAUGUGUUACCCGAAAUCUAAAAACAUGACUUUCAAGUGUCAAACACGGGUCAGUCUCACCGGGAGCUGACAGCUGGAGAAUGCAUGCUAUUCAUUAGGAUAUAUUUUUAUUUGUUAUUGAGAGAGUUUUAACUUGUAUGCACACAACACUUCUAUAUAUAUAUUUUUUUUUACAUUUUUGUCGAAUCUGUAAUACUGUAUUAUCUCUAUUCGGCUUUGUUGUUCUUGAUUUUACCUUUUCGUCUUCCGUGUAUGCUAAUAAAGUUUAUUCAGACUCUGA